GAGACCACAGCCCGCCAUCUGCAUGAAGUCAGCCUAGGAGACCACAGCCUAACAUCUGCAUGCCCCCUCGUCAACUCUAUCGCUCUGUUGACAAGAACCUAAAUGUCUGUCGUGUUUUAUGAGUCUGAAUCUACUGUGUGUAGAGAGCGAGUGGUGUCUAUAUAUAGCAUUGAUGAUUUGCUGCUGGGCAGCAAAUGUUCAAAAGAUUUUGUCAUAAAAAAUAAUAAAACUCUUUAUAUUUUCUUUAAGAAUGUGAACUUUACAUAGAGAAAAACAUUGUUUGCCAGUGGUUAUAUAAAAACGCAACAACCCCUUUUCAAACUAAUAAGAAAUCGAUUGGAUAAAGAAUAACGGUAAAUCUUGGAAAACUAAAUAAAUAAAUCGGUCAAAUUAAGAUUCUGUAUUACAGCAAACAUCUACAUAUCUCAACUAUGAAAAUGUGUCACUUUAUAAAAGAUAAAAAUUGGAAAUUCAACUCCAAUACAGCUAAGAAGAAGAAGUAUGGUUUGUAUUAUUUGUUGUUGUUUCCAAAGGCUUCAAACAACAAAAGUGUAACUAUUCUAAACCACUAGAUGGCGGUGAUAAAAUAUAUCAGCAAGUCAAGACCUCAACUUCCGUCUGAAUAGCGGAAACGAAGUCUAUGUAUAUGUUAUGUUUUCCAUGUUUACUAGUGUCACAUUAAUCUGCAUUGAAUGCACAACGCAUAAAUUGCACUAAGACAGCUAGACACUUAAAACAUACCGACUUCAUUUAUUUCCAAUGGCGGAUCCGGCGGUGGCACCGGGAGGUUACAAUGCAGGAGGGCGGUCGAGUAGUAAAACAAACUCCAGCCCAGCGGACAACUAUCACAUGGCGAGGCGUCGCACCCUGCAGGUGGCCGUCAGCGCCCUUCUGACGGAGUGCGGAUUCGAGAGCGCAGAGAAGGCGGCUGUUGAGUCUCUAACUGAGAUGAUGCAAAGUUAUAUAACAGAAAUAGGACGCUGUGCCAAAUCUUACUGCGAGCAUACUGCCAGGAGCAUUCCCACACUCCCCGAUGCAGUGGUCACACUCAUUGAGAUGGGGUUCAAUGUUGACACUCUUCCUGUCUAUGCAAAAAGGUCCCAACGGAUGGUUAUAACAGCCCCUCCGGUGACCAACCCUCCCAUGACUCCUAAAGCGCUGACGGCAGGACAGAAGCGCCUGCACCCCGCAUAUAUUCCCAGCCACUUCCCAGAGUUCCCUGACCCCCACACCUACAUCAAAACCCCCACUUUCAGGGAGCCGGUGUCGGACUACCAAGUGGUUCGGGAGAAGGCCGCAUCCCAGCGGAGGGACGUGGAGCGGGCCCUCACACGCUUCAUGGCCAAGACCGGAGAGACUCAGAGCCUCUUCAAGGAUGACAUUACCGCAUUCCCACUGAUUGCGGCGAGGCCGACCGCCAUCCCCUACCUGAGCGCCCUGCUGCCGUCGGAGCUGGAGCUGCAGACGCUGGAGGAGACGGACUCGUCGGAGCAGGACGACCAGACAGACAGCGACAACACGGCCGGGAACGGCCUCAACGACGACCCGAGGGCCGACAAGGAGAAUUCCAUGCUGCCGCCGAGCAGCGUAGUGCCGUCCGUCAAGGCCAGCGAGGACAACACGAUCGAUAACCCCUACCUGAGGCCCGUGAAGAAGCCCAAAGUCAGGAGGAAGAAGUGAGCCAAGGCCCAACACAACUGCGACCAAUAAGACUUUUUGCCCCCGUUCCUCCCUAAAUCAACUCCACCUGGAAGCAGAGGAUGAGAUUUAACCACAACUCUGACGGCUCGCUUGGCUCCUGAAAGGAUACAGUGGCAAUUCAAUUUGAUGGCAUCUAGCGUUGUUGUCUGCAGAAAAUUAUAUUUUUUGGGGAUUAUUCUCCCAUUCCCUUAUAUUAACUGACCUCAUGGCUGCCAUGCAUAUGGUUUAAUUUCUUUAUUUUGUUUUAGACAUUUGUCAGGUUGGCUUUGGUAAAAACAACAAAACAUUUUGAAAUAAACAGUUAAGAUCUG